ACUUUUUAAAGGCAGUACUCACUAAGGCAGUCACUAGUCAGUGGUUACUAAUAAAUUGAGCUCGGGCGAUGUGCGGUGGUUAGUCAGAGUGGUCCGACGUAGAGCAGGGCGACCGAUAUGGACCGGAUAUUUCGAGGCAUAAUGAAGUACAGGCGGACGAACAGGGCGAAAAUGGUCGAACAAUUCGUCCAAGUGAAAAACAACCCGGAGCCUAAAGCAUUAUUUUUCACUUGCAUGGACAGCCGCAUGUUGCCCGCCCGAUUUACUGAAACUAAUAUUGGUGAUAUGUUUAUUGUUCGAAAUGCUGGAAAUUUGAUUCCACAUUCGCAGCAUUUCCUAGAUGAAUAUACUACAUGUGAACCAGCAGCCUUGGAACUAGGAUGUGUACACAACGAUAUAAGGCAUGUUAUCGUUUGCGGGCAUUCUGAUUGCAAAGCAAUGAACUUGUUGCACCUGCUCAGGGACACUGAAUUUGCUAGCAUCGACAACCGCCGGAUGUCGCCGCUCCGAUCAUGGCUUUGUACGCACGCAAUAUCAUCUUUGGAAAAGUAUCAACAGCUAGAAGCAUCAGGUUUUGAUACACCACUAAUUUUUCAGGCCGAGACUCCCUUACGCAGGAUUAUUGCUUACAUUGAUCCAGAAGACAAGUUUUCUGUCACAGACAAGUUAUCACAGGUUAAUACCCUACAGCAGAUGCAAAAUAUUGCCAGCUACGGUUUCCUGAGGAAGCGUCUAGAGGCGUAUGACCUGCAUAUACACGCUCUAUGGUUUGACAUAUAUACUGGGGAUAUAUACUAUUUUAGUAGACAGAGCAAAAAAUUUGUUGAGAUAAAUGAAAUGAACGUGGAUAAACUAGUGGAAGAGGUUUCUAAGUACUAUUGCUAAGUCAAAGGUGAAGUUUAUACAUCCUUCGACCAUACACAUACAUACAUAACGCGCACGCACACACGGAGACUUAACUUGGUGCUUAAUAUUAAUUAAGGCUAACAGACUACUAUACUAUUUUGAAUACAUUCCAAAACAGACAUUCCAAAAAAACAACUACACAUUACCGUACUUAAUUUUAUUUUAUAUACCUAACUGUUAUUGUUAAUUUUCAAUCAAAGAGAUUUUGAAUCUCCAUAUUAUAUAACGUUAUUUUAUUUUUUUCAUAUAUAACUUAUAAUAUAUAUUUAUUGUUUUUAAAUUGUUAUAAUUGUUUAAAUCUUAUAUUGUCGAUAUUAUUUUGUCACCAAUAAAAUACUAGAGAAAUGA